GCAAGACUAACGGAUCAUUUGCAGGAUCAUACCUCGGCUCAUGUUCUCCCAUGCCUACUCAUGCCUCCUACCUAUGCUCCUCCAUCAUUCCUCAUCAUUUUAUCCUUCCCUUUUAUCCUUCUAGCCAUGGAGAAUGCAUCUCUCCAAGCCAGCAGCCUCUCAGAGCAGGAGGAGGAAGAAGACACCCUGUGGGAGAAGAUUGAGAGUGCCCGACACCAGCUGACCCGCUCCCUGAACCCCGCCAAGCUCACCCCGUACCUGCGCCAGUGCCGCGUCAUAGACGAGCAGGAUGAGGAGGAGGUGCUCAACUCGUGCCGAUUCCCCUGCAAGAGCAACCAGACAGGUUACCUGAUGGACAUCCUUCGGCGCCGUGGGAAGCGAGGCUACGAAGCCUUCCUGGAAUCCUUGGAGUUUUACUACCCUGAGCACUACACACGGCUCACGGGGAGGGAACCAGCCCAGCGCUGCUCUAUGAUCCUGGAUGAAGAAGGCCCUGAGGGGCUCACUCAGUUCCUGAUGAUGGAGGUGAAGAAGGUGAGGGCUCAACGGAAAGAGCACCUGCUGAAGGAACACCAGCUCCAGGUGAAAAACCAGGCUUUGGAGCAAGAACAGCUCAGGCUGGAGCAGCAGCUGAAGGAGCUCCUGAAGGUGCAGGAACGUUGCCAGCGGCUGAGAGAGGAGUGGGACUCCAACAGCGUGGAGCUGCUGAGGCUGAAGGACGAGAACUACAUGAUGGCCAUGCGCUAUGCGCAGCUCUGCGAGGAGAAGAACGUGGCCGUGCUGCGGAGCAGGGACCUGCAGCUGCUGGUGGACCAGCUGAAAUGCAAAGUCUCCAGCCUGGAAGAGGAGUGCGGCCUGCUGCGGAAACAGGCGUCAGCGCCGCCCCAGCGAGAGGCGGAGGAGCGGGGCCACCCUGACACCGUGUCUGAGCUGUGGGCUGAGAACCAGCGGCUCACAGCAUCGCUGCAGGAGCUGCAGGGCAUGUUGCAGAAACCCGGCGAGACCGCAGUUCCAGGCUCUGAGCAGAUCCUCCUGGACAUCCUGGAGCAUGACUGGAAGGAAGCCCAAGACGACCGGCAGGAUCUCUGUCAGAAACUCAACUCCCUGCAGAAUGAGCUGCAGUGGGCCGAAGAGCUGAGGGAUAAGUACCUCCAGGAGGUGGAAGAUCUGCAGCUGAAGUACCGGACGCUGCAGAAGGACUGUGAUCUCUACAAGCAUCGUAUGAACACAGUGCUGCUGCAGCUGGAGGAGAUCGAAAAAGAGCGGGACCAGGCCAUCCAGAGCCGCGAUGGGGUGCAGCUGCAGUACUCCCAGAGCCUGAUUGAGAAGGACCACUACCGCAAACGUGUGCGGGCUCUGGAGGAGGAGAGGGAUGAGCUCCUAAGCAAGCUGAGCCAGGCAGAAGGGCUGAACAGCACGCUGCAGGCACAGCUGCAGCGGUGCCAAGGCGGCCGCAGCCUCAGCAAGAUGUGCAGCUCUUCCUACUCCCUCUGCUCCAACCUCAGCAGCACCUGGAGCCUCAUAGACAACCCUACGAAUGGACUCAUGGAUACUCUGGGGACUUCUGUCACCCCAUUCCCAGGGGAUUCAGCCAUCCAGAGCAUGGAUGGGACUCCCGACAGUGAGAAGGAUAUCAACCGCCUUUCCACCUUCCCCUUCCCUCCCUGCAUCGGCUCCAUCCUCCGUCGGCAGCGGGAAGAGAGGUGCAUGCCCUACAAAAGCUUGUCCUGUGGCUCCUUUAGCAGCAUUGAAGAUGCAACAGGCAGCAGUUUUCCUGGCACCUUGCUGGGGGCCUUCUCCUCUUCUUCCAGCAGCACCUACACCAGGGUGAAGUCGGAGAUCUGCUUGUCCACGCUUUCCAGCCGCAAGGAGGUGACCAGGAGGUCACUGGUGGUACAGCUCACUAGUGUGGGUCAUCCUAGCAAGCCCUCACCACAGGAGAAGAGGCUUGGAGCAGACAUCUCCAUCCUUGGGGGGAACAGGACAGGAAUUUAUGUCCAGUGGGUCAAGCCAGGCUCACGGGUUGAAAAAGCAGGACUCAGGGAAGGGUGCCGGCUCAUUGAGUUGAGGGUGCCAUUGCUGAAGGAAGAGGUGCUUUCCCUGGAGAACUGCACGCGGGAGGUUGCCUACCUGAGCCUGCUUCACUGGGAUGAGCCAUCCAGUCUCAUCUUUCAGCUUGAUCUAGAAGGAUACCGGCCUCUGCGGGCAGCCCUGGAAGAAGGCAAGAAGUUUUCUGGAGACUCGUUCUACGUCCGCUCCAACGUGUCCCUGCUGGAGCCGUCGGACCCUUACGCGCUGUGCGUGAAGUGCCGGGAGAUCCUGCACGUCACCGACACCAUGCACAAAGGGCGGCUGGAGUGGUACUGCUCCCGCGUCGAUCCCCUGACCAUGCGGGACCUGGACAAGGGCACGGUGCCCAACUACAGCAGGGCUCAUCAGCUUUUGAAGAUCCAGGAGAAGCGCCAGAUGCCCGGGCAGCAGAGAGGCCCCAGAAAUACUCUAAAGAAAAGGGCCUUGGGCCAGCUGCGCUUGGUGAAAUCCAAACCACAGAGGAGCCCAGAACAGCGCCCCCAGCAGCUGUGGCUGGACCCCUGCUCAGACCCUGACACAAACCUGAAGCCUUACAGCCUGGUACGCCCUGUGGUGGUCAAGAUGCCCCGUCCUGUGGUGCUGUCCCCAAGCUGCAUUGCACCACGGCUCAUCAGGAACCUGCUGGACCUGCCCACCUCUCGCCUGGACUUCCAUGUGUGCCCAGCAGACAAGCUGGCAGGAGGGGAUCCCAGUGCAAUCCAUGCUCAGGAGCACCCUGUGUCUAGAACUGCCCCCCAGGACCAGAGGGAGAGUGGACGAAUCCAAAUGAUCCGGGAGGCAAUGGAGAAGAAUAAACACUGCCUGCUAGAGCUGGGAGUUGAGGGUGUGAGGGAUCUAAUUAAAAGUGAAAUAUACCCCAUUGUUAUCCAUGUCGAGGUCACUGAGAAGAACGUCAGAGGGCUCAGGAGCUUGCUGGGGAAGGCAGGCCAGCGGGACUCGGAGGUGCUGAAGGUGUGCCGCGGUGUGGAGCGGGCUCUCCACGCCCUGCCGUGCUCCUGGGCCCGAGUGGAGCCCCACGCCUGGAGCCACGCCGAGGAGCUGCCCAAGGUGGUUCGUGGAUGCAUCUUCCAGGAGCAAACCCGCCCGCUGUGGAUUGAGGAGGGCGAUGACUGAGCGGGAGUGGUGGGGGGGUAGCCACCUACUGUCCCCAAGAGCUGCUCUCAGAGGUCCCUGCCUUCCCAAGCCCCUCCAGGUAGAGUGUUUUUCCUCCCUGAGGGGAGGCUGGUAGCUAAGGCCCCCCAGGGUAGCCUUUCUUGUCCCCUUGAUGGCCAGCAAUAGCCAGGAAGUAACAGACAGUGCCUCCCCUGUCUGAGCUUUCUGUAUUCCACUGGAAAGAUGUCUUGCACCAUCGUGGUGGAAACCACCCCUGUGGGCUGUUCCUUGGCACCGUGGGCUGCCCUUGUGUGUGGUCAGAUUGACGGACAGGGAACGUAGGGAGGGAACUGUGUGGGGUCAGGCUGCCUAGGAGCAUUUCUCACACACACUGGAAGCUCUUCUCCCGUCACCACCAUCUCCCCUGCCCGGUGGCACUGUGUGCUCCGGGUCCUCUCUUCCCAUCUACCUCACCUGUGUGCCCCACAGGGCACAUGGCUCAUCCUCCUGUGACCCACUGCGGCUGGAGUGACACUAAGGUUGCAACAAACCCUCGUUUCAUAGGAGCUGUACUCUUUAUUGCUUGUAAAUUAUUAAUGGAGCCUUUCCCUGGCAAACUGCCCGUAAAGGAGAAUUAAAUACCAUUCAUAAUGGGAAUAGGUGGCAGGCUGUGGGCUUGUGUGUUACUGGGAAGGCAUGGGUGAUGCACAAUGGGAUCUUUUGCUCCUCCUUGAGGUGAGACCCAACUGCCCAGCCCUCCAGGGGAAGGAGGGAGCACUGCCGUUGCUGUUGUAGGGCAGUGAGAAGUGUGGGGAGGGGACAGGCUAAGUGUGCCACAGACUCUGUCCCCUCCCUUUUCUACCUGGCCCCUGGUUUUCAGCCCCUUGCCUCUCCCCACCACUGAUGUUGGUCAGGGUGCUUUAGGAAAGUAAGGG